AAGACGAGCGACUCAGUCGUAUUUCACACCUGGCCAAGUGAACAAGUGUUCCACUCAUAGUAAUCGACCCGUGAUUUUCGUCCAUUUUAUUUCCUUAAAUGAGGGAUCGAGAUUCACCGAAAUCUCGAGCGUGAACGACGACGAAAUGGGUGAUAUAAUCGAAAUGACCGGUGGAGGAACCAAUAUGGCGUACCACGGUCUCAGUCAACACGUGAACUUCGACGUGAUACCAGAUCCCGGUGAUCGUUUUAUCUUGGAGGAAUUGAUCGGCGAGGGGACAUACGGGGCGGUUUACAGCGCACACUGCAACGAAACCGAGAAGAAAGUGGCGAUUAAAAUUUUGGAGAACGUCGCGGACAAUGUGGAGGAAAUCGAGGAAGAGUAUCUGGUGCUGAGAGACCUGAGCCAUCACCCUAAUAUCCCCCUCUUCUACGGAUUGUUCUUGAAAAGAGCGAAGCCUACUCAGGAGGAGGACCAAUUAUGGUUCGUCAUGGAGUUGUGCACUGGAGGUUCGGUGACCGACCUGGCCCAAGGCUUGAAGAAGAAAGGAAAACGCCUAACGGACGACCAAAUAGCUUACAUCCUCAGAGAAACGGUCGAGGCGUUAAUUUAUUUGCAUAGCCGUCACUGCAUGCACCGUGACGUUAAAGGCCACAAUAUAUUGCUCACUGAAGAUGCCCACGUGAAACUGGUUGAUUUUGGCGUGUCGUCUCACCUCGUCGCCACGCUCGCGAGAAAGAACACCUCGGUCGGGACACCGUAUUGGAUGGCGCCCGAGGUGAUAGCUUGCGAGCAACAACUAGAUUCCUCGUACGACUCCCGAUGCGACGUAUGGUCGAUUGGAAUAACAGCGAUCGAGCUGGCUGAGGGCGACCCACCUCUCUCGGAACUCCAUCCCAUGAGGGCGCUGUUUCAAAUCCCUAGAAAUCCACCGCCGUCCCUCAAGAAUCCGGACAUCCAUACCCCGGAAUUGGUGGACUUCAUCACGGAAUGUUUGGUGAAAGAUCUGGAGCACAGGCCGUUCGCCAGCGAAUUGAAGGAGCAUCCCCUGUUAAUCAACAUCGAGCCUUCGGUGGAGAAAAUUCGGGACGAGCUUCGCGGGGAGAUCAAUCGGCAGAGGGUCGAAGGCAGGGUGCACAGGCAGCCCGAGGUGACCACCAAGCAUGGAAAAUUGAAGACUUAUCGAAAGGCCAAAGCGGAGAAGAUGUACAUGGACGACUUGGCCGCUUUGGAUAUGCUCUCGGAGGACGGUAUUGUCGACCAGUUGCAGCACAGAUACGAGCAAGCUCAAAUAUAUACUUAUAUAGGGGAUAUACUCGUCGCUGUUAACCCCUUCACGAGUUUGGGACUGUACACCGGCAUCGAGCAAAAGAGGUACAAGGGUCAAGCGAGAUCCGACAAUCCGCCGCACAUUUUCGCGGUGGCCGACGCCGCGUAUCAAGCGUUGUUGCAUCAGCGGCAAAAUCAAGCGAUCGUGAUCAGCGGCGAGUCGGGGGCGGGGAAAACCGAGAGCGCGAAUCUGCUGUUGAAACAACUGGUGUACCUCAGCAAAGCACCGAAUCGGAACUUGGAGGAGAGGAUCCUUCAAAUAAAUCCGAUAAUGGAGGCGUUUGGUAACGCGACCACCGGGAUUAACGCCAACUCGUCCAGAUUUGGCAAAUACUUGGACCUGACCAUGACCAAAGGCGGUAAGGUGACAGGCGCCAGGAUAUACGUGUAUCUGUUGGAACAAUCUCGAGUCGUCGCUCAAGCCGAAGGGGAGCGUAAUUUUCAUAUAUUUUAUUACAUGUACGAUGGCCUGGAGGCGGACGGCCGCCUCUCUGAAUUCCACUUGGAUCUCAAUCUUCGAAAGAAUCAUCGAUUCUUGACCGACCAUUGUCAAACGUCUCAAACGCAUAUAGACAAGUUCCAACAGUUGAAAGCCGGGUUUAAACUGCUUGGAUUUCAAGACGGGGAGGUUGAUACGGUGUAUCGUAUCCUGGCAGCUAUACUUCAUCUCGGUGAUAUCGAGUUUGGCGAAGUGGCCAGCGAGGAUAACACCGAUAACAAGAGCCACGUGAUUCACGUCGAGCCUUUGCGUACAGUCUCGCAAUUGCUCGGCGUGGAGGAGAGCGAUCUUCUGGAGGCAUUGACAUCGAACUCGGUUAUGACCAGGGGCGAGACGAUCACGCGAAACAAUACAGUCGCCGAGGCUUGCGCGGCGAGGGACGCGAUGGCGAAAGGGCUGUACGGCCGAUUGUUCGACUGGAUGGUCAAUCAAAUCAAUUGUUUGCUGUGUUUCACUCGGUCGCCGAGCUACGAGCCGCUCGCGAUCGGCCUCCUCGACAUAUUCGGCUUCGAGAACUUCCCCCGCAACUCGUUCGAGCAACUGUGCAUCAACAUAGCCAACGAGCAGAUACAGUAUUAUUUCAAUCAGCAUAUCUUCACGUGGGAGCAGCAGGAAUACAUGGCGGAGGGGAUACCGGUCGAUCUGGUCGAGUUCUCGGACAACAGGCCCGUGCUCGACAUGCUGCUCAGCAAGCCUAUGGGGCUACUCGCUCUGCUGGACGAGGAGAGCCGAUUUCCAAGAUCCACCAACAAAUCUCUGAUCGAGAAAUUUCACAACAAUAUCAAGUCGAAGUUCUACGUGAGGCCGAAAUCGGACGCGGUUUGUUUCGCGGUCCACCAUUUCGCUGGACGCGUGGUUUACCAAGCGGAAGGGUUCCUGGAAAAGAACAGAAACUUCCUCCCUCCUGAAGUCAUCCAGCUCGUCAGACAAUCCCAGUACGACAUGGUCCGUUUCCUGUUCCAAUGCCCGAUCACGAAGACCGGCAAUUUGUAUUCAGCUGUACAUGACACCGAUUCCAAGAAAUUGUCACAAUCGAAUCAAAAUACCAAGGAACGUUACUCGAGUCGAGGGCUAGCGUCUCAAUCCAGAGCCCAGCAAACCGUGGCAACUUACUUCCGAUACUCUCUAAUGGACCUGCUGCAGAAGAUGGUGUCCGGAUCGCCGCAGUUCGUACGAUGUAUAAAGCCGAACGACUCGAGGAGCCCGCGUUUCUUCGACAAGGAGAAAGUGGUGAAGCAAUUGAGAUACACGGGGGUGUUGGAGACGAUAAGGAUCAGACAGAAUGGAUUCUCGCAUAGGAUACCGUUCAACGAAUUUUUGAAACGAUACUGUUUCUUGGCAUUCGGCUACGACGAACGUGUAAUAGCUAAUCGCGACAAUUGUCGGCUACUUCUGAUUCGUCUGAAAAUGGACGGAUGGGCAUUGGGUCGAACGAAAGUUUUCCUCAAAUAUUAUCACGUCGAGUUCCUAUCCAAGAUGUACGAGGAACAAUUGAAGAAGAUCAUCAUGGUCCAGGCGUGCAUCCGUCGAUGGCUCGCCAGGAUCAGAUUCAAGAAACAGAAAUGGCAGUUCGCCGUGUCCGUUGUGACUUUACAACGUCACAUACGCGGGUGGUUGUCGAGAAAACAUUUCUUGCAGGAGAUGAAAAAGAAACACGAGAAGGAGGAAGCAACUGUUCUACAAAAAAUGCUGGAGGAACAGAAAAAGGAAGAGGAAGCUAAAAAGGAAGAGGAGAACGAAAACGAAGAGGAAUCAAAUGAACCGGAGAUGGAUAAUGCCGCGACAAUAAUACAGAGUCAUUUCAGAGGAUACACGAUUCGUAAACGCUUCGGACCUGAAUUGGAAGAGAAGUUCAAGACGAUCUUGAACAAUUACAACGAUAAAUUCGAGGCGCAUAACGCGUUGUUGCGCGAAGGAUUGAAGAACGAAGAAGCGGCGUUCAUCGUUCAACGAUGGUACAAGAAAGAGGAAAAGGUGAAGAAGAAGAAAUCGGUAAAUGAUCCGAUCCAUUACAAAUUAAGGCAAGCCGAUCUCAUACAAUUUUCUCAAAAUAUACACAUGAAAAAUCAAGAAGUGCACAAGAAUCUGCGGCACAACAAGCCAGGGAUACGGAUAAACGAGAUAGAGGAGCCGCCGCCUGAUUACACGCGGCCGGAAGGAUUCGGCAUGGUGCAGCCCAUCCUGCAAUAUCGAAGUGGAAAUCAAGUGGAGGGGGAGGAGACGAUCAAGUACUAUCGUGACUUGAAGGAUGAGAUGAGCAGUGGUUCGGACUUCGAAGACGAAGAAGUUGGCUGGGACUUACCGUUGAUACAGCUAGAAAAUGACAUUCAUCCAUUGACGAGGAAUCAAAUGGGACAGAUUCUGGAAGUGAACACCGAGAGGAGAGAACGUUUGGAAGCUCAGGGCGACUUUGCGAUAGCAACGGAGCAACAACUCUCAGAUGUAUGGCACAAAGCUUUGACAAAUCCAACCGAGAAUCAACAACAAGAGAGCUUUCAGAACAGAGUGGGAGGUAUCAUGGCAAACUUCCAGGUCAAGGAUUAAUCACGCGGCUGGCAAAGACAUGCGGUUCCCAGAAAGAUAUCAACACCGUGGACAACAAUCUUCAGUCGACCCUUCGAAUACCAACCAUACAAACGGCCUACGAUUCAAACGCAUCGACAUACGCAAUUUUGUGAACGAACGGCAACAGGCAUACGGCGGCCGGCAACAACUACGGCCCGCCAACGGGCACCAAAUCCCGUUCAAGGGUGGUUCUAACUUUACAAACGGGCAAGCAGCGUUUGUUAACGGUCACGUCCCUUUAAAUAAUCAUCACGGAUCCGCGAACGGGCACGAAACCACAAUUAACGGCCAUCCGACCACGGUUAAUGAACAUCCAUCGGCGAACAAUGCGGCCAAAGGGCCUCCCACUAACGGGUAUCGAAAUAUCAUCACCGGUUGCCAGAACGGGUUGUUCAUUAAUAAAAUGGUGGUCGGUGAUGAUCUGAUCAAACCGUCGAAAAUAAGCAACGGUCUUAAGAGCAACGGUUGCGUUAAAGCGAUACAGGCUAAAGGGAACGACAAUUCGAAGAAGCAUAGGCAAGUGGCGGUGAAUGGGGAUAACAAUAAGAGGAGGAGCGAUCGAUUGAUUAAUUGUCAGAACGCUAUCAAUGGGAGAUUGGGGGGGAGGAAAGAGGUGGAGAAAGAAACGGGAUUUGGGAUUCCAAACGAUCUUAGGCAAAUUCUGAAGCCUACCGUUCAGAAACGGCAAGAGAUAUUCAAGGUGGAUUACGAUCCGGAGGAUAUCAAUGGGCCGUAUAAUUUCAGACAGUUAUUGAGACCGGCUGAAUACCUUCCCACCGAAUCUUUGAGAAAAAGGAAGGGCGGCUUGGCCUGCAACGGAGUUCCACCUUCAAAGGACGAACUUCCUAAGAAACACGUGAAAAGAAGAGCGCCGUUGGCACCAAAUCAAAAUAAGAUCGUUAACGGGAAAAAAUGAGUUUGAAGAAAGAUACGUUCGAAUGAUUCCUUAGAAGUGUUUUAUAGUUAUUCUACGAGCACUGUUACUCGUUAGGUAAAUGUAGAAUAAGUAUUGAGCGUAUACGAAUUCCGUAGAAAGGAUGUUUUUAAGGAUACAUGAGCACAGAAAUGAUAGAAAUCGUUUAACGAAGAUUUGAAGAAAGGAUGGAACACGAGUUACAAAUUGAUUUUUAUCCGAUUAAUGUAUGCAUAUGAGAACAAUGUGUAACUAAAUUUCUUUUAGGAAAAAUUUUCAUUUAAUUGGAAUUUUAAUUUUUCCUUUUUAUUCGAGUUGCAAAUAAUGAUUUGGAAAAUUAUGUGAUUUUUUUUUAUUUUAUCUCUUUAAUUUUGCGAAUCUUUUUCUUAAACGUAUGAAAAAUUUGCUUUUCAAUGCAAAAAAUGGAUUGAAAAAUUAUAAUUCGUGAUAAAUUUAUUUAUUCUAAUUAAAAAAAAUCACAUAUAUUCCUCAUAUUUUAUUUCAUAAUUGUUAUUUGUUAUUCUCUCUCGACCAAUUUAAAAAUUCGAUUUUUUGUAUAAUAAUGUGUAGAAAAAAAAAUUUAUUUAUUUAAUAGAAUGGCUGCUUAACGAAACACGUCUUAAGAAUAUCAUAUAUUUAGAACUAGUCAUGUGUAGCUUUACAAAUAUUAGAUAUGUUCGAUAGCGUUAAAAUAAAUAUCGUUCACGAAAAUUUAUGUUUCAAAUACGUAUAAGUUCCAACAUAUUUACAAGAUAUAAUUUAUAUUAUUAAUAAAGCUGAUAAAGUUGCUCAUUAGUAUCUCGCCUCGUUGAACAUUUAUUAAUAUGUCUUAAUUAAUGGCUAAAUAUUUACUAAAUCUUAAUAUUAGUAAUUAUAACUAGUAUGUAUUUCGAGAAAAUAUACUUAUGUAAAUAAAAUCCUCAUAGUAGCAAAA